AUGACAGAUACCUCCUCCCUCGCCAUCACGCACGCCACAACGGAUUCCUAUCCGGUUCCCGCUUCUCGCGGGUCCCCCGCUGCCACCGAUGGCGCCGUCUCUGACUCCGGUGCACCCGACGAAGAACCGUAUACCAUCAAGUGCAUUUGCUCGUUCCAAGAAGAUGAUGGUAGUACGGUCUUUUGCGAAAGGUGUGACACAUGGCAGCAUAUCUCAUGCUAUUAUCCGGGAGAGAAGGUUCCAGAGGUGCACAAUUGUGUCGACUGUGAGCCACGACCCUUGGAUAAUCGUCGGGCUCAUGAGCGACAACGGCAGCGGCGGGUCCGAGAAAAAAGCGAAGAUGGGGACCGGAAACCCAGGCGUCCGGGCGCAAAGACACAGAAAAGGAAGACGAAGGAAACCGAUGUGAAUGAAUCAAACCUGAAACGACACGACUCUAAUGCUCGCGAUCAACCCCCCGCCAAGAAGACUAAGGGGUCUCACCGUCCAUCCACUUCGGUCAGUGGCCUCCAAGGCGUCUCUGCUGAGUCGCGAAACCGCCGAUCAUCUACUUCUGUUGCGAUGAGUCCUACGAAUCCCGAACCUACCAUCCCCCUCUACUCGAACGAAUUUCUCCACCUAUAUGACCGCGACGAUUCCUUUGUCCAGAGUGGCAGUAAUCUUCUGCCUGGUGUAUCUUUCAUCGAUCGCAUUAUCUCCUGGCUUAACGACCCGGACACUCUGACUCGUGUGACGGAAGGGCUCACUGACGAAGAGUUCAAGCGUAAAUGUGGAGCGGCUUUUGACGCCACUUGGCCUAGGCUUACGACCCAUACGUUUACGGACUCAACGACGAAGAUUGGUGGUAAGAAUCCAAUGUUCAAGAUAUUGAAAACUCAAGAUCCAAUACGGAAGAAUGAAAUUGUUGGCGAAAUAUUCGGCGGGCUAGGUUCUCUCGACAAUUACAAAAUGGACCCUAGCAACCGAUGGGAGACAUUGCAACACCCAGAACCCUUCGUUUUUUUCAGCUCGCAGCUUCCACUCUACAUCGACAGCCGCCAGGAAGGGAAUCAACUCAGAUACAUCAGACGCUCUUGCGAUGCCAACGUGAUGCUGAAGAUUUACAUCACCAACGGUCGACAGUACCACUUCUGUUUUGUUGCCAAGCAAGAUAUUCCUGCUGACUCGGAGAUCACCACUAUGUGGUAUCUGGACCCUACUUUGGCACUGGCAUACACCCCACCAUCUAAAGAGGGAUCGGCGGUCGCAGAUAAUACUUCCGAGAUAGAGGUUGCCGCCACCUGCAUCAGCAACACCCUCGCCAACUACGGUGGAUGUGCCUGUGAACGUUCUCAAAAUUGCCUCCUUGCGAAUCUUGAUCGUCGAAUCAAGCCUGCAAACAGCAAACAACCCAAAGUGAAGGGCAAAGCAAAGGCCAAAGUGAAGGCAAUGGCUUCACCCAUCGAGCCCGGCCGCGCAUCCGCAAGCCGUGCUGGCAGUGAAACAACGAAACAUCCAGACGAAGAUGACGUCGCGACUGACGCACGCUCCACAUCUGGUUCCGCGCGCGACAGAGCUACGCACAGUCGCGAUGUCAGCCCAACGACGCAACAGCGACCAUUGCCAGAACUUUCCAGUCGUGAAAGGCGCAAGAUCGCGGAUGCUGAAAAGCAAUUCCAGCAGCUCGAAAAGGGAGCAGUAGGUACUAAACGGAAAAAACGUGUCAGCGGUCUACUCCCCAACUCUGCAUCACAUGCAUCACCAAGCGAACACCAGAAGGCCAAAGUUGGCUUCGAGAAACAUGCGACGGAUGAUAGAUCGCGCUCGCCCACUGCUGUUUCACCAGCCACAACGGCGCCUGGCCGGUCCGCAAAGUCGCGUAAACCGCCCGCCAAAACUGCAUCUGACACGAUCAACCGUUAUCAGCCAUCUCCAUACCGACGUGUUGGUCCUUAUGCUGAUGCGUCAACACAACUGGAUCCAGACCAGGUUGAACAUGAUAAUGUUUGGGAGGAACAUGUGAAGCGAGGAUACAGAGUUGGUGUUCUGCCUCUCCAGUCGAUGAACAGAGCUCGGUUCAUCUCUGGCUGCCAUUAUGAGCAGGACCAGGCUCAACAACGUGCGUGGCUUGACGGCGACCAGAGUGUCAUCCCGCCUGGAGUAAUUCCAUGGUGGUGUCCUUACUUCCCAUAUCCUUUGGAUGAUAGAUCACAGUUUGAUUUACUUCCAGAGGACGCUGAACUCAUGGGAAUUCCGGCCGAUCAUGGUCCGUUGGCAUUGCCUUUGCGCUGGUCUUAUUAUCAAUCCAAGCAGCCAGUGAGGCCCGUGAGCUAUGGCAAAAUCACCUUGAUGGGGAUGUCUCACGCUGAUCCCCAGGUAUCACAGCCGCAAGGUGACGUUGUGAUGGACGAGGCCCCAGUAAACACUGAACCCGAAUCAUCUGGAAGUGCGAAUGUGGUCACCACGCUGGGAGAAACCGCCCCCUGGCCGUCAACUGUGGCUCACAGCACCCCGAUCUCCAAGGCAAAACACCCCGGAGACCUCCAUCUGGCGAUGCCACCACCCGCACCAAACACCCAAUCGGCCGCCAGUCCUGGUUCAACUUCAGCGGGCAGUCUUGCAUCUCCUGUUUUCCACGAUACUGCUCCAUCACUUCCUUCCGUGACAACCCCUACCCCUGCACCGGCCGCCACUCCUGCCAAGAAGAAACUCAGUCUUGGUGAUUAUCUGAUGCGACGUGGAACAAUGGCCAAUACCCCCACUUCAGAGAGGACCCAGCCCCCGACCCAAGAAAGACCACCGGACUCAAGUCCAGUCUGGGUCACUGGGCCUCAACACUUCCUUGCAAUCGCCACGCUGCCCGAUGACUAUGGACAGUCGCGUACUCGAGCAGAUGCAGACUCAGACAAGAACGAGCCUUUCGGCUCCCGGGACGUACCAAUGGAGGAUGCUCCAGAUCCCGCUCCCACCAACACCCAGUCUGUUUCUUCGUGA